GUAGGUCGGGGUGGAAGCUAGAGCGAGAGAAGGAGAAAGAGAGGAGGAUUUCAUUGAACGCCCCCAGAAUUCGUUGGUGGUGCCCUCUUAGCUGUGCGGCGGCGGGCGGCAACGCUGCGUCAUCCCCCUCGGCGCCCCUCAUCGCGAAGCGGAAAGCGUCGAGAGGAGAGACAAGGAGAGGGAAACAGGGAGCCCGCGGGAUUCACUGCUGCUGCUGCCGUGCCGAACCUGCGUCGGAGUGCCUCUCGACGUCGCGGAAAAUAUCGCACGUACCUUGGAAUUUCAAUAAGUACACAACAGAGGGACGACAGUUCUGCAGUCGCAGUGCCGGUGGAAGUGGAAGUGGAUGUGGAAGUGGCUACGCUGUCGCGCUCGGCGAUGUCCACCACCGGAUCGGGAUGCUCAAAGCUCUGCACCCGGCCUGGAUUAGGGUUGCAGUCGGUCUAAACGCGCUCUCGAUUCUCACCUUCUGCACGUUUCUAUCAUCGCUGGAGGAGGAGAAAGGAGGAGGAAGAGGAGGAGGAGAAGAAGGAGGACCAGGAGGAGGAGAAGGAGGAGGAGGACGAGGAGAAGGAAGAGUGCGUCAUUAUUUGUGAAAACAGUUUUCAUACAGAAGAGUAUCGUCUUCCUCGUCUCGACAACGUGCGGCUGCUGUUUCUGGUGAAAAAACGUCCCGCUUCUCGUCAACCAAAGACGCAGACUUUACUCUGGAAUAUCCGAUCGCUUGGUGAACGUGCGGUGCGUGACUGAAGCGGUAUCGAGUGGAGCCCGGUAAUUGGUCGUUACUUUAUUUUUCACAUUCGGCGAUUAUUUGCCAAUUUUCAUACACACCGAGGAUUGCUACAGCAGCCUAGUUUCAUGAGAAACUGCUAAGCGCCGCGUCGUUGAAGAAUCUACGCUAACAAAUCCGUCCAAACAGCGGACGCAGCGACGAGACAAAGAGGUUUUAUCAUUCAUGAUCAUCGACGUUUCGACGGUGCGGUGAUUCGUUUGAUUAAUUACCUGCAUCAACCUCUCCACAUUCCUCGUGUGAAACUCGACCCGGCGAAAAAUAAAUCGCGAGAAAUCGAUAUCCCCGUGUUGUAACGGUGAACGAGAGAGAGAGAGAGAGGGUGGGCGGGGAAGGGGGAGAGAGAGGGAGAGCGAAAGCCCCGAGGUGCACAGAAUCCUGCACAAAUGAGGGAUGUCAAAUUCAAGAAAUACCAUAAUGUCGAGGAAAGGGCUGACCGAGGCUGCUUCCUUCUCCACGAGCGGAGGAUAUCGCUCGAACGAUUCUCUGCGCUGUUAAAUGUUUAACGACGUCGAAACAGAAGCAGAAGCGGAGGAAGAAGAAGAAGAAGGAGAAGAAGAAGAAGAAGAAGAAGAAGAAAAUCUCUAUGUGAUUCGCCUCGGCGAUUGUUUGGCGAUAGUGGCGAGCCGUGGGGAGGACUGGAUGGCCAGGAAGCCCUCGAGGUAGAACUUGAUACUGAACUUUGGCGAAAGAGAAAGCGCGUGUUAUGUGCGCGACGCAUACACACCCUCUACGAGGGCGGAUACUGCUCGCCCUCUUCCUCCUGAUAACGAGUUUCACCCUGCUCUCGUCGGCGGUGGCUUUUCCCGACUGGACGGACUGCCCGGCGGUUUGUAGGUGCAAAUGGACAUCCGGUAAGAAGUCGGCGCUGUGUCCGGACGCCGGGCUAACGACGCUGCCGGCCUCCCUCGACCCGGACAUGCAGGUCCUCGACCUCUCAGGAAACAAGAUAAUAUCGCUGUACGCGGACAUGUUCAACCGAGCCGGUCUGCUGAACCUGCAGCGGGUGUUCCUGAGGAACGCGGGGAUAUCGAGGAUCGACAAGGACGCCUUCAGGGAGCUCAGGAUCCUCGUCGAGGUCGACCUCUCCGACAACCAGAUCGAGACUCUCGACCCGGAAACCUUUCUCGGCAACGAGAGACUCAGGAUAUUGAUCCUGAGCGGCAACAAGCUCGUCAAGCUGACGGGACCUCAGUUCCCGUCGCUGCCCCACCUCAGGAACCUUGAACUGCAACGGUGCUCCCUCACCGAGAUCCACAGCCUGGCCUUCGCCCGGGUCACCGGGCUCGAGACGCUACGGCUGGAGGGAAACCAGCUCGAGUACGUCGAGGCGUUGGCUUUCCUGCCGCUGACGCACCUCAAGACCCUCAGCCUGGACGGCAACCCCUGGAGCUGCGACUGCCGUCUGCGAAAGCUGCGAGUCUGGCUCGCACCGAACCGGCUCUACUCGGUUCCCCAGAAGUGCGAGGCGCCUCCGAGGCUGGAGGGGCGCCGAUGGGAGGAGGUCAAGCCUCAGGAGUUCGCCUGCAGCCCGGAAGUGACGCUCACCGCGAACUCCUUCCAGGAGGAGAUGAGCGGAAACCUGAGCUUGGCCUGCGUCGUUACGGGCGAUCCGGAGCCGGAGAUCUGGUGGCUCUUCAACGGGAGUCCGCUAAACGUGACGCGGGGUGAUCAGGUGUUCGUGACCGAGGAGACCUACAACGGAUUCCGGAAGUGGAACAACGUCACCCUCUACAACGCCAGCGAGAGCGACGCCGGGGAGUACAGCUGCGUCGGCAGCAACCUCGCGGGGCUCGGCAAGGACACCGUCAGCAUCGUCAUUCCCCGCGUCUACACCGCCCCGACUCUUUCCCAGACCGACACCUGGCUGCUAUGGGUUAGCCUGGCCGGCGGUGGCGCCGCCGCCCUCUGCGCGUCCCUCAUCGCCGUCAUCCUCGCCGUCUGCCUCUGCGGCUCCAGGCAGAAGAGCAAACGGAAGAAGGUCAAGCUCCAGGGAAGCGCCAGCUUCGGGGACCAGGAAAAGAAACUGCUGGACCUUUCCUUGACCACCACUACCAACGAGAGAAUCAGCGGAAGACCGAGCCUCGAGGCUGUAAGUAUCACGUUUCGCAUCAAGAGCAGCCCGGGUGACAUAGAACUGGCGGAAAGGAGUUCGUCGCUCUGCGAUCCGCCGGUGAACGUGACGGUGGAGAGACACUGCAGGGAGAUGCACAGCCACCUGCCGACGGUCUUCCCACCCCCGCCCGAAUUCACAACGAGUAUCUUGCCCGCGGGGGUAUUCGGCAACAUAUUUAUCUCGGUGUCGCUCGCCCAGGACGGUGAGCGGCGAUACCCCGACCUCCUCGACAUCCCGGUACACGCCAGCAUCUCGGACAAGUCCGCGGGCCAACCGGCGCCGAUACCGACGACCUCGAUUUUGUCGGGAUUCGCGACCCUGCCCCGAAGGCCCCUCCGCGUCUCCGACCUCAGCUCGCCCUACGACAAUAUGGGGCCGAGAGUAACGGCCACCGGAAGUUCGACUUUCUCCCUCACGGACCCGGAUCUUCGAUUGUCGCCCCCGCCGCCCACGCUGGUCAUUCAACCUCCCAUAGAAUUCGUUUCCCUGUAACAAAUCUCGGCGCGCGAUUCAGGAUCAACGGGAUUCUAUAACGUGUUUCUUUACGUGAGGCCGACUGUGAGGGAGUACGCCCGUCGCAUGGAUGUACGUGUGCGCGGAUACUGUGUCUACGUAGGUAUAUGCGUGUACGUUAUAUUAUAUACGUUUCGUAUAAUAUACGUAUAGGUAUGUACGGUCGAGUGGAGAGAAAAAAAAAAAAAAUUAUUUCAGUAUUGUUU